CCCCGCAGACGGAGGCUGCGGCCGGUCCCAGAGCGGAGCCGCUUUCGGCCCCUCCACCUCCCGGUCCCGCUGCCCGCCGCCCCUCACGGCUCUGGCUCCAGCAUCCGCCGCUGAGAAGCGGCCGAGCUCUGGUCCCGCGGGGUGUCCGUGCUCCCGUGAGGGGAAUAAACACAGAACUGGGCGUUAAACCCGCUGGCGGGCACUGCUCCGGGCCGGCGAGCUGGUCUAGAGAUAUUUGUCAUUUAGGGCACUAAGUGAAUUAAUGUAGCUUUUCCAGGGAGGUUUUGUGUUAAUGAAGCCACGCAGGAGCCAAACACCCUCGCUGUCUGUGAGAGCUGUGCAGGGUAAAUUCACCCUGCUGCGAGACAGCCGGACAGAUGGCAGCUUCCUGGUGCACCACUUCCUCUCCUUCUACCUCAGAGCUGGCUGCAAGGUUUGCUUUGUGGCCCUGCUCCAGUCCUUCAGCCACUACAGCAUCGUGGCACAGAAACUGGGAGUCAGUCUGGCAGCUGCCAAGGAGCGGGGACAGCUUGUCUUCCUGGAGGGCCUCCAGUCCUGCCUGGACCUCCUGUUUGGGGAGAAGGAGCAGCCAGGACAGCCCAGUCCUCUGCAGUUCCUGAGCGGGAGCUCCUGCGAGCUGCGGGCCCUCUUUGACUUUGUCCGGGCGUCCCUGAGCGCCGCUGGUGGCGAUUCCUGGAAAGGCCCCGUGCUGCUGGUGGAUGACCUCAGUGUCCUGCUGAGCCUGGGGGCCACCCCGGUGGCCGUGCUGGACUUCAUCCACUACUGCCGUGUGUGGGUGUGCUGCCAGCUGAAGGGGAACAUCGUGGUGCUGGUUCACAGCAACGAGGAUUCGGAGGAUGAGGAGAACGAGCUGGUUGUGAACUCCCUGUGCCAUCACAGCGACCUCAUCCUGUGGGCAGAGGGGCUGGCCACCGGCUUCUGCAAGGAUGUGCACGGGCAGAUUAAGAUAAUCAAGAGAUUGUCCUUGCGGCAGGCGGCGGAGCAGGAUCUGGUGCAGGUCUACCAGUACAAGAUCCAGGACAGGAACGUCACCUUUUUCGCACGGGGGCUGUCGGCUGCAGUCCUGUGACACUGUGACAGUGCAGAGCCUGGGAGUGUCAGUGCCUCCUCUGCAAAAGCACCACCAGCACCUCUCACGAGCAGCAGACUGACCCAGGAGGGAAGCUCAGACACACCUGAAGUGGUGCCAACGUGGGAUCAGCCUGCCCGGGGCCUGCUGCAUCCCUCUGUCCUCCCACCCCGUUCCCAACACACUCAGGCCAAGAAUGGGAGCAAGAACUUGCAAGAAUGGCCCUUGGAGCAUGUAAAUACAGGCAGGGGGUGCCCUGCGGGCUGGGUGUGCCCUGCCUCACCUCUUCCGGUGCUGGGCACAGCGUGGCAGUGCCAGGCACGGCACGGAGGGAGCACCCUCCCUCCCCUGGCACAGGAGGAGAUGACACACGGCGGGUGGAGCAGGGAGCCUGGCGCAAUCCCCUCCUUGCUCCCAACUCCAGCUUCCAUGGAGCUGGUAAACGCACAGCUCUGUGUACAGCCCUCCCCUGGCUGUGCUGACACCUGGGCACUGCCACGCUUUGUCCCCUGCAGCUUCCCAAGCUUUGUGGUUGGACAAACCCCUCUGGAGCCUGUCUCAGCCACUGCUUCCUCAGCCCAAACCCUGAGUAGCAGUUACACGACCUGCCUGUGUGAAGCAGGAUUAUUAACAAUCCAUCAUUCCAGUGAGAUAAGGGUAUGGUGAUUAAGUAACCCCAGAUCUCUGGGUGGGAGCUGCUCCCCACCUGCUCCUUGGCAGGGAGCAGCAAUGGCCAUCUCCCAAGCCUGGGUGAGGACAGGGCCUUUCCCAUGGGCACAGGGGCAAUCCUGGGAGCAGAGCUCAGGCCUGGAGCUCUCCUGGUAGCUGCUCCUGCUGGAUAUCCCAUUUAUCCUGGGAGAUAAAAAUGUCCCACACACUUGUGAGAGUCCAGAGCAAUCUGCCAGGUCCUUGCAGUUCCAUAAAAACAUCCCAGACACUUGUGAGAGUCCAGAGCAAUCUGCCAGGUCCUUGCAGUUCCAUAAAAACAUCCCAGACACUUGUGAGAGUCCAGAGCAAUCUGCCAGGUCCUUGCAGUUCCAUAAAAACAUCCCAGACACUUGUGAGAGUCCAGAGCAAUCUGCCAGGUCCUUGCAGCUCCAGAGCUGGGUAGCAGCUCUGGCAGUGGGACACAUUCCUGAUGUUCCACGUAGACUCGGUGCCCCAUCCCAUGCUGGUUUGGGAAGGUGCCUUUGCCUUGGAGUUUGGGAGGCCUGGCAGCUCAGGGCUGUGCCUGCUGAUCAGUGGCAGCCCAGGGAAGCCAGGCAGGCUCCAGGGAUCGCAGCAAAGCCACCAGGAGGGAGGGGAGUCAGGCCAUGUGUGUGCUACAGGAUCGCUGGUCCCAGGUGUCCCCUGGUCCCUCCAUGCUCUGCUGUGGGAGUGGCAGUGCCCAGUGCCACUGCUGCUGUCCCAGGGUGCUGGCAGUGCCCGGGGUCAGUGCACUGUCACUGUCUGCAGAGGGAGGAGGAGAGGCCCAGUAGCUGCUGGCACUGCUGCGUCUGUGACGGGCACAGAGUGGUGAAUAACGGGAGUAAUGUCUGUGUGAUUAUCCUUGGAGAGAUCCCAAAGCCUGGCUCCCUCCUGAAACCGGCAGGGUCAUUGUGUGACAUCGUCGCUGUGUGACAUCAUUGCUGUGUGACAUCAUCGCUGUGUGACAUCA